AUCUCCUAUUUGGAUUCUCUAUAAGGCUUGAGCCACCUACCGGAUUACAGUUACUUAUAAUUAAUCUCUCUCUUUUCCUCUCUCACACACACGCCCACAUACACAGGCGCUCUGUGACUGCAUCCUUCCUCACUACCCCUCUCCCUCUUUCUCUCUGCAUUGUGCACAUCACAAUUUCGCAACUUUCGGAAGACUGUCCCAAAUGAUGACCAAACAUUACCAAUUUCCCAUGAAUCUAAAAACAUGCAUCAAUCAACACGUAGUACAGGCCCAACCCAACUGAUUUCCCCACAUUCACCUCGGUGUUAGUUAACACUUACCAGCAGCAGAAGCAGAAGAUCGUUUCCUCUCAGAUGGGGAAGAAAGGGUGGUUCUCGUCGGUGAAGAAGAAAGUUUUCAAGUCAUCAUCUUCUAAGGACUCGCCUCAGGAGAAGAGGGAAAAUGAAGGGAAAGGGCAGCAUGAAGAGCCAGAGGUGGUAUCUUUUGAGCAUUUUCCUACAGAUAGUUCACCAGAUAUCACCAAUGAUCAGAGGAGUGUCGCAUCCGUGCCGGUGACUGAAGAUAAAAAUCAUGCCAUUGCCUUUGCAGCCGGCACCUCAGCGGCGGUGGCGGCUGCUCAAAAAGCCGCUAGAGUUGUAAGAUUGGCUGGGCGUGGACGCUACUCUAAGGAACAAAUGGCAGCAACACUCAUUCAAUCACAGUACAGAGGAUACCUUGCUCGACGUGCACUGCGUGCUUUGAAGGGAUUGGUGAGGCUGCAAGCACUUGUCAGAGGACAUCAUGUAAGGAAACAAGCGCAGAUGACAAUGCGCUGCAUGCAAGCAUUGGUCCGAGUUCAGGGAAGAGUAAGAGCUCGCAGACUCCAAUUGACUCACCAGAGGCUUCAGGGACAUGACAGAAAAGAACAAGAGCCUAAGUUUAAGAGCCCCAUGAACAUUAAGGGAAAUAAUUAUGAACAUUUGAGGAAACAUGAAGCUACAAUGAAGAAGGAAAGAGCUCUUGCAUUAGCUUUCAACUUCCAGCAACAACAGAAUCAAUAUUUGCAAAUAGACCCAACUACUGGUGAUGAUAUUGAAAGAUGUAGCAAUGAGCGUGAAAAAGCCCAAUUGGAUUGGAACCGGUUGGAACGUUGGAUGUCAUCGUCACAAUCACAUGUUAGGCAACGAGAGAACCCAUACAUGACUCUUGCUACCACAGCAACCAGCACCACAACCACAGACAACAUGUCUGAAGAGAAAACACUUGAAAUCGACAUGGUUCUCCCAAGAGGCUCAAUUCACACCAACAUGGGCCUGACAGACCAAGACUUUCUUGUUUCAAGCCCAACCUCGAAUUGGCACUACCACAGGCAGCAGAGUGGAGGUGUGGUGCCUAGCUAUAUGGCCCCAACACAGUCUGCAAGGGCCAAGGUUCGUCGGAGUCAAGGCCCGUUUAAGCAACGGGCUUUUGCUGGGCCUCAAUGGAACUCGUCGACGAGGACUUAUGCUGCUGGGCCGGGUUGUGACUCGUCCAGCUCUGGUGGGACCACCGCGGCUCAUCAGUUUUCAAGGAGCCCAAGCCCGAAAAUUAAUGGGAUUCGCCUCCAAUCUAGACGGAUUUUAGGUGGUAGCCCAUACAAUGUUGGCACUGAGGACUGGAUCAGCCCACUUCGAGCCCAGGGUUGGAUGUGAUUAGAUUAAUAAUUAAUUUUUCUAAGCUUGAUGAUUGAUAAUUAUAAUGGCAUGUUAGGUGAGGUCUGAACUUUUGACAUGCAUUUGUAUUUACUAUUAUUUAAAGGCAGUUCAAUAAUGUGGAUGUACGUAAUGAACCAAAAGGCCUCUGAGAGAUUGUAUAACCCUCCUUAUAACAAUCUUUGGAUGUGGGUGUAAUGAACAAGAUUGUAUAUUUAAAUUUGCAAUUCAAUAUUGUGCUUUUAUCU